ACGUGAUCCUCACCAAUGGGCACUUUCCCCGUCCGCCUUCUGGCGUGCAGCAAGCAGAAGCCGACAGUCCAAAUGGCUUCUCCCCAUCUGCUCCCCUUUCUCCCCCUCCUCCUCCUCCUCGCCCCCUCGUCGGCGGCGACGGGCGUCAUCCAGCUUCCCAGCGCCCGGGCCUGCGCCGCGCCGCCGGACCCCGCGGUGUACGACCGGCCGGUGAUCGGCAUCGUGUCGCACCCGGGCGACGGCGCCUCCGGGAAGAUCAGCAAUGGGACGGCCACCUCCUACAUCGCCGCUUCCUACGUCAAGUUCAUCGAGUCCGCCGGCGCCCGCGUCAUCCCGCUCAUCUACAACGAGCCCGAGGAGCGCCUCCUCGAGAAACUGAGUUUGGUGAAUGGUGUUCUGUUUACUGGUGGAUCACAGAAGAGUGGUAUAUAUUUCGAAACUAUAAAAAAAGUGUUUCAGUACGUCGUGGACAAGAAUGAUGCAGGAGUUAUACUUCCAUUAUUCGCGCAGUGCCUUGGUUUCGAGCUUAUAAGCAUGAUAGUGAGCAAGGACAAUAAUAUUCUGGAGUCAUUCAGCGCCUCAAAUCAAGCAUCAACUCUUCAAUUUCCAAAUUAUUCUUCACUUGAGGGAUCAGUAUUUGAAAGAUUUCAUCCUGAUCUCAUCAAGAAACUCAGCACCAGUUGUCUUGUCAUGCAAAAUCACAAAUAUGGCAUAUCUCCUAAGAGAUUGCGAGAGAAUGGGGCCUUGUCAAGCUUCUUCAGAAUUCUGACUACAUCACCUGAUGAAAAUGGGGAGGUUUAUGUCUCAACCGUACAAGCACAGAAAUAUCCGAUCACUUGCACUCAGUGGCAUCCUGAGAAAGCCAUUUUUGAGUGGGGUAAACCAAUGAUUCCACACAGUGAGGAUGCGGUACAAGUGACUCAAAAUUUUGCCAACUAUUUUGUCAGCCAAGCACGCAAGUCCCCAAACAGACCUCCUGCUGACAAGGUGCUGGAUAACCUGAUUUACAACUACAGCCCUACGUUUUCGGGGAAAACCUCGAAAUCCUUCGACGAGGUCUACAUAUUCUCCUAAGAUCGGAGCAGAUGCUUGUAUGCUUGCUGAUGUCAGAAGGGUGAGAUAAGGAGAUAUACUGCUGUAUGCUUAGUCGCUUACCAAUGUAAGAAGGAUGAGAACUUCAGUUCAUUACAGAAAUUGUAAAGUUUGACUGUGUAUAUCCGGGGUUCAGGGGCAGGGUCAGUAGCUGUGUUGUUUCUCCGAAUAAAUAAAAGCAUCCUCCCCCAAACUGUAUUCAUGUAUUGUUAAAUCUCCCACAUCUGCCAUUCAGUUACCUUUUCCUCCUCACAUCGAAGAAGAACUGCCAACUGGGCGUUCUUUACGUGAAAGAUGUGCGUAUAGAUGAUUCAAAAAGAAAUUGAUACCAUGAAAUCUUUUUUUUU